CUUGAUACUAAUAUUUUUGACAUAAAAUGAAUGAACUAGAAGUCAGCAUUCCUUGUGAAGAACAUUCAACUUCUGAAGUAAAACCAAAAACUGAGUUUGAAAAAGAACUGGAAAAAUACAAACAAGAAUCCAAAAACCCAAAAUCAAGUUUUAAACCCCCGAAAAAAUUGACUCCAAAGUCGGACAUAAUAUUAUUGAAAAUGUAUCCGGACUAUCAUGAACUUUCAGUUGAAGAGCAAACGUUUUUUAUCAAGAUUACGGAAGGAGUAUUCGGGUAUAACGAACAAAUACGGAACAAAGCCUUGAAAAUAGUUUCCACUGAAUACAACGUGAAGUUCCUUGUCCCGUAUUUAUGCGUUUUUAUAAGAGACUCCAUAGAACUUAACAUUGUUUUUAACGAUUUAAUUUUACUAAUUUAUUCAGUAAGAAUGACCAAAAGUUUAUUAACAAACCCCUAUGUUAAUUUAUUGGAGUAUUUACACGAUGUUUUACCCGCAAUAUUAUCAUGUGCCCUAGCAAGAAAGAUUAGCAAAUAUUACUAUGAUAAUCACUGGACCUUACGAGACUUUUCCGCUUACGUAGUGGCUAUGAUAUGCCAUUUACAUAACACAAAACUAAAUAAUAUAACACAAAGAGUUAUAAAUAUUUAUUUGUCAGCAAUAAAAGAUGUAAAUAAGCCUUUAACUACUGUGUAUGGAGCCCUAAAAGGCCUAGGCAGCUUGGGAGAGGAUAUCAUAAAAUCAUACAUGUUCCCUAACAUACUACUCUUAAGCAACAGAGUGUACCUAUUAUUGGAGAAAAAAAUUAUUUAUUACGAAGAUAAACAGUGUUUAUCAGAGGCUAAACAUGUUAGAGAUGUUAUUCUUAACAUUGUUGCUCCAAUUUUAUUAAAAUCGCAUAAUGUGAAUGAUGGAGGAUUAUCCUACAUCAAAGAAUUUGGAUACUUGGGGCGAGCAUUGUUCAUACAAGUUAAAAACCUAGAGAAAAUAGAAAUGGACAAAAAGCAAGAAAUGUUAAUGAACAUUCCAACGGUUAGCUUGUUAAAUAACAAUAUGAAUUACAACAAUAUUUCUAUAAUAAACCCUGCAAAUUUAAACUUUAUGCCUAAUACUAGCAUAGGUCAGAAUAUUCAGUUAGGAAAUAAUUGUUUUGUUAAUAAUUUAAAUAAACCGCAUUAAAACAAGCUGAUUUUACCUCUACGAUUAUGAUGUCCCAAAGCAAUCUGCGCCAUUAAGUAUGUGGAAUUCUCCAGCUGCUGGGCCAUUAAAUUUGAAUAAAUUUGCAACGAUUCAUCGUUAUUUAAUUGUUCCAAGUAGGCAUGACCCAAGAAAAACUGCUUAAUCCAAUGAUUAGGGAGUUUUAUGGAAUUUAAGUUAUUUUUUUCUGGUGAUAAAGGUAUUAACUUUCCCAACUCAAACCAAGCACACCAGAGCAUAGGCUCAGUAUUUACUGCUUUAAUAUAGGCCUCAAUUGCUAAAGAUUGUAAAUCCAAUUUCUUUAAAAUAACUCCAUAUAAAUAUGAGCAGAAAGCAUCCAAUUUAUCAUCAUAAAAAUCUUGUUUUAGCUCACUACAUAAGUCUCUCAUUUCCUCAUUCUUCGUAGGAUCAGGUGGACAAUGUGUGUCUGUCAUAUUGUCCAAUUUCUUUUUCUCUAUAGAUAAAUAGCGAGAGUAAAAAUAAAUAAACCUUGUCUUUGAUUUACUGCAGUCUUUAACAAAGAAUGCUGCUCUGUCGUAUUCUUUUAAGUCAAAAUAUGACUUGGACAUCAGAUAGGCUUCCAUUUCAUCUUCCAAGUCUUGCACAAAAUGGGGAUAUUCCUCAGGGAAUAACUUUACAUGAGAGAGUGCAUGAUUUAUUUCUGAUAACCAUUUAACACUAUGAAGAAGGCCCCGUUGAGAACACUCGUAAAUUCCUCUUAGCAAAUCUUGUUUCAUUACUUUUAAAUCUAGUUUAUAAUCCAGAAUUUCCAUUUUCACACUGAAAUUCACAAAGUUGAGGUUUAAAUGUUUGAGGUUAGGUUUUCAACGGACAGCUGUCAAAAUUUGCCGAGAAAUAAAUUCGAAUUUUCCAUUUUCGUUAGUUUAAAUAUAACCUAUUAUACCUUGAUGAGCCGGUAAUUAAACGCUGAUAACAGAGAAGUAGACAUCAAAGCAAAAUAAAUUAACAAGUAAAGUAUUUUUGACAGACUUGACAACUUUCGACGAGUGGUUUCUUAACCUUACUUUUUUUAGACGGCUGGACGCGUGUUUUAAGAUCCGAGAAAUUAACAUCGCAAAAACGGAUUUUUAUUCGAAAUACUUAUUUCAUCAUGACUUUAUAUGCUUGGGGUGCUAACAGUUAUGGCCAAUUAGGACUGGGACAUAAAUCCGAAGAGGAGAUUGAACCUAAAAAGGUGAAACUGAGUGAUACUGACUUAAAAGCCGAAAAUAUCGUGUCUAUAGCCGGGGGAGCUGUUCAUACACUCAUUCUUGAUAACAAUGGAUAUGUGUACUGUUGCGGCUACAACUCCAAGGGCCAGUUGGGAUUGUCCGACGACACUCUCAAAUUUUCGCAGAUCGAAAUUCUGAAGGGCUUCAAGAUUGUCCAGAUAUCUUGCGGCUGGGAUUUCAGUGCCGCAAUAUCCGACUGCGGGAAGCAAUUCGUAUGGGGUAACAAUGGAAACACCCAGUUAGGUUUGUCGAAGAGCAUUACUUGCACAGGUAUUCCCUCUAGGCUGCAGGUUUCACAGAAACUUGCCACCGGUUUCAAGCAUGUCAGUUGCGGGCUUCGUCAUUCUGCCAUGAUAACAAAAGACGGAGGUCUUUUGGUCGCCGGUACCGGAGCUAAGGGCCAGUUGGGUUUGGGGGACAACUUUGACGACAACAACUACUUAAGUAUAUCCAAGGUCCCUGAAAUUGAGGAUGUCAUAAGCUGCGCCAGUGGGCAGCACCAUACGGUGAUGCUCAAAGAAGACGGUACUGUUAUGAGCUGGGGGGAGAACAAAUACGGGCAGCUUGGAAUCAGCAACAACGUUUCCAACAGUUUUGUCCCCAUGGAGGUUUUCAGGGAUGAAAGCUUGGAAAAGGUGUAUGCUGGUUGGACUCACAGUGCAGCUUUGACCAAGAACGGCGAAGUUUAUACUUGGGGAAGGAACAGUUACGGCCAGUUGGGGACAAGCAGAGAGGAGCUCCACAAGCCUGAAAAAGUCCCAGAUCUCACUGAAAUUGCUCAGCUAAGUCUAGGAUCUGAACACAACUUGGCGGUUACCAAAGAGGGCAAACUCUUGGCGUGGGGAUGGAACGAACACGGAAGCUGUGGCACUGGUGAUAAAAAGGAUGUUAUGAAGCCUACACAAGUGUUAUCUAAUCAUAAAGUUAAGUUGGCUUUUGCUUGUACUGGUAGUUCUUUUGCUGUUGUGGAAUAGCAAUAUUUGCACCUAAUUCUCAUAACUAUGGAUUUUUCAUUGUUCAUAAGUAUUUUUAUAAAGAAUUAUAAUUAAUUGAUUAUUGUAUUCUGUAUUUUUAUAAUAAAAUUGUGUUGCAUGUAUUGAUUUAUUUUAUUUAGUUGGUAACUGUUUAUACUUAACACACCUGCUUGUAUUGUUUGUAUUCAAAAACAUCUUGACAUUUCAGUACAGCAAAAUGUUAAACUCUUUUCGUGCAAAAACCAACUGGUAAAUAUACCAUAUUUUUUAUAUAACAUUAUUUCUAAAUCAAAUCACAUCCAUAUGAGAGUGUAAAUAUUUAAGCUAUUUUAAUAUACAGAAUAAUUAGGUAUUGUAGGUAAAUCCGUUUUAUUAUUGUAGUAUAAAAAUUGUUCUUUCUGAGCUCAUUGCAUUUUUCAAUUUUAAUAAAAGAUACUUAAUAUUUUGUGCGCCAGAAUAAACACAUUUUACACUAUUUUAAAGUAUCAUCUUUAUAUAAAAAAAUAUUUAUGAUAGGAAUUAUUUGAGAAGGAAAUAAACAAUUAAUGUAAU